AUGGCCUCUAUCUCCGGAACCCGUGUGGCUCUCGUCGGCGCUGGUGCCGUCAACUUCGGAGGCGCCGAAGGUCCCUGGGACCACGCCUCUCGCCUCGAGAAACUCGGCGCCGUCAUCGUGGCCGUCGUGGACCCGAUGGUCGCCAAGGCUCAAGAGAAGGUCGAUGCUCGCCGUGGCAACAAGGAGUUCGCGCACGUCUGGGCCAACACGGAGGUAUUCGCCGACCUGCAAGAUAUGCUGGACACCGCCAAGCCUACGGCCGUGUUCAUCGGUGUGCCGCCCUCCUUCCACGGCUGCUACAAGUACCCGUUGGAGCUGCAGUGCCUCCGCGCAGGAGCGCACCUGUUCCUCGAGAAGCCGCUGUCGAACGCGCCUGUGGACGAGGUCACCAAGUACGCGGCGGAAGUGGAAGCUCUCCGCAAGGAGAAGAAGCUCGUGGUGUCCGUGGGCUACAUGUUCCGCUACUCGCUGUUUGGUCAGAAGAUCAAGGAGCUGCUGAAGGGCAAGAAGCCCGUAUGCAUCAUGGCGCGCUACAACUGCACGUACGCUAGCAUCCCGAGCCCGUUCUGGUGGAACUCGGAGCACUGCGGCGGCCCCAUCGUGGAGCAGGCCACGCACUUCGCCGACAUCUCGCGCUACUUUGUGGGCGAGGUGGACAUGGACACCGUCUACAGUCGCAGCGUGAAGGCCAGCCUCACGCCGGGCGACAUCGGCUACCUGGAGAAGGUUCCCGUGGACGAGACGGCCAUCCCGGCGGAGAACCGAGUGCCGCGCGCGCACGUGGCCAACUGGUUCUUCAAGAGCGGCGCGCUCGGCAACCUGGUGCACGGCGCGCUGCUGCAGGGCGAGGCGUACGACGCAUCGCUCGAGAUCAUGGCGGACGGCCUGCGUAUCGGCGUGGUCAAGCCGUACUCGGAGACGCCGACGCUCAAGGUGCUGCAGGGUGACAGCGACGAAGAACUGACGCUCGAGUUCCCCGGCGACGACAUGUACCUGACGGAGGACCGCGAGUUCCUCAAGGCGGUUCGCGGUGAGGGCGACGACAUCCGAUGCCAGUACCAGGACGCAGUGAACACGUACGCGCUGACGUGCAAGAUCCGCGACGUGGCUCUUGCCAACUAACUCAGCGCGGCAAGUGAAGAAGCUGGCAUAGUCCGCCGUGUGCCGAGUGUAAAACUCUAAUGAAUGUAUCAACUUUGUCAUGCUG